UCACCGUGAUAUUCCUUAUCACGCAGCUGAAAAACAGUGAAAAAUGAGGUGGAGAAAAAUGUGGUUUCAUUCCUGCUUCGUGACUUUUUUGCUUCUGAUUGUUCUAGAUGGCAGCGAUACUAUCGUGAAAGCAACAGGGGAAGAAUCAAGUGAAGAAAAUCUGAAGAAAAGGGUCUUUGUGCAGGAAAUGGAUGCUUCAAACUUUUUAAAGAAGCAAGAGAAAAGAUCUGCACGCUUCACAGAUGAAGUCAACGCCAAGAACCGCUUGCUGCUGACUGCAGAUGAAGAAGAACAGAGAAAUGAAUUUGAGAACUUCACUGAAGAAGAGCAUGAUGAGCAGGAUGAAAGAAGUCGAGAACAGAUUGAGCAGUGGCUUGAAGACCAUUAUGAUGGUCUCUCUCCACCCAGUCUUUAUGACUGGCCUAUGGUCUAGAACAAACCUGCAG